GCCCCAGACCUGCCCCGCCACUGCGCGCUGUCCCCGGACCUGGGUACACUCAGGACUGUUGAGACCUCGAACUGGCCGCGUCCGAUCUUUCAAGCGGCGGCGGCGGCGGCGGCGGCGGCGGCGGCGGCGGCGGGGACGGCUGUUGCUAAGGGAGGGGACGCGCGGGGAAGCGCGGCCCGAGCGGCGGACGGUACCGAGCGCGACCGCCUAAGCGGCGCCCCCUCCUCCGGACCCUCCCCCACGCCCAGCGUCCUUGAAAGGAGCCGCGAGUGCAGUCCCCACCCCCGGAAGGCGCCCCGACGAGCCAACGCGACCCCGGAGCGCCGCUCGGAUUUUUGAUUCUUGAUUCACCUUCGGCUCCUGGGACUUUCUCGAAGGGGACGUGCGCUUCCCCUAGGAACCCCGAAGACCCCCGGCUCGGGGAGUCCCCCCCCGCACUGCCCGGAGGCGCGGCGAGGAUUGGCGGCGCCCCGCGGACCCCAGCCCUCCAGCGCCGGCCGGGGAUGGAGUCGCAGCCCGGCGGCGCCCGGAGCUGCCGGCGCGGGGCCCCCGGCGGCGCCUGCGACCUAGGCCCGGCGGCCGAGGCGGCGCCCAUGAGUCUGGCCAUCCACAGCACGACGGGCACCCGCUAUGAGCUGUCGGUGCCCCCGGACGAAACGGUGGAGGGGCUGCGCAAGCGGCUGUCCCAGCGGCUCAAAGUGCCCAAGGAGCGCCUGGCGCUGCUCCACAAAGACACCCGGCUCAGUUCGGGGAAGCUGCAGGAGUUCGGCGUGGGGGACGGCAGCAAGCUGACGCUGGUGCCCACCGUGGAGGCGGGCCUCAUGUCCCAGGCCUCAAGGCCAGAACAGUCUGUGAUGCAGGCCCUGGAAAGCCUGACCGAGACGCAGCCCCCAGUGGCGCCCGGGCCGGGCCGGGCUGGCGGAGGCGUCUUCCGGAAAUACCGAUUCAUUUUAUUUAAGCAUCCGUGGCACCGACAGGGACCCCAGAGCCCAGAGAGGGGCGGCGAGAGGCCCCAGGUCAGUGACUUCUUGUCCGGCCGCUCGCCGCUGACCCUGGCGCUGCGCGUGGGUGACCACAUGAUGUUCGUCCAGCUGCAGCUUGCUGCCCAGCACGCCCCACUACAACACCGCCACGUGCUGGCUGCCGCUGCUGCCGCAGCCGCCGCAGCCCGGGGCGACCCCAGCAUGACCACCCCCGUGUCCUCUCCCUGCCGGCCUGUGUCCAGUGCUGCCCGAGUCCCCCCGAUGUCCAGCAGCCCUGCCUCUGCGUCCCCCUCACCUGUCACCGCCGGCUCUUUCCGAUCCCACUCAGCUUCUGCCGCCUGCUCUGAGCUUACAUGCCUUCCUUUCUCCGACCAGCAGAUGGACUGUUCGACCCCUGCCAGUGCUGGUACCAGCCCCACUCCCACCCCCGCGGGGAGCCCUACCUCCCGCUCCCGCAAACCCGGUGCCGUCAUUGAGAGCUUCGUGAACCAUGCCCCGGGGGUCUUCUCAGGGACCUUCUCUGGCACACUGCACCCCAACUGCCAGGACAGCAGCGGGCGGCCGCGGCGUGACAUCGGCACCAUCCUACAGAUCCUCAAUGACCUUCUGAGUGCCACGCGGCACUACCAGGGCAUGCCCCCGUCCCUGACCCAGCUGCGCUGCCAUGCCCAGUGCACACCCACGUCUCCCGCCCCGGACCUCACCCCCAAAACUACCUCCUGUGAGAAGCUGGCGGCCGCAGCCCCGGCCUCCCUGAGCCAGGCCCGCAUGUGCAAGCCGCUGGGGGACCGGCUGCGGCAGACGGAAAACCGGGCCACGCGCUGCAAGGUGGAGCGUCUGCAGCUGCUUCUCCAGCAGAAGCGGCUCCGCAGGAAGGCCCGGCGCGACGCCCGCGGCCCCUACCACUGGCCGCCAAGCCGCAAGGCCGGCCGCAGCGACACCACCAGCGGCGGGGGAGGUGGCGGUCCCAGCGAGGCCUCCGGCUUGGGCCUCGACUUCGAGGACUCCGUUUGGAAGCCGGAAGUCAAUCCUGACAUUAAGUCAGAGUUCGUGGUGGCCUAGGAACCGCGUCCCUCACCUGACCACCCUGGGCCGGAGUCCCCCAGCAUGGCCUGCGCGCGGGAGAGCAGGCGGUCAGGGCAGCGGGGGGCCCCUCCCUCCCCGCCAGCUUCCUUCUAGUUUUUUUUUUUUUUUUUCGUUUUGUUGGUUUUUUUGUUUUUUGUUUUUUUAAUUUCCAUUCUUACCAUGGUUUUCCGAACUCUCCAUGGACGCGGUUCCUGCCUCCUUGGUUCAGCUCACACCUCCCCGCCUCUGCCUCCCGUCGCCGGCUCCCAUCCUCGGCCUGAGCUGGGUCCUUCCCCGCCCACUUCCCAAGCUCCAGAUAUGUAGCAGUCACUCCAGAUGGUUGAGAGUGGGACGAGACGAGGAAGCCGCCCCCACCCCUUCAGGUUUAAGUCAAAAACGUAGAUGCCUCAUGAUGCACUUUACAGACGGGCAGGGCCUAGGAGGGAAGCCCCGCUGCAGCUGCACCCCGGCCUCCAGGGCGGCCGGCUGGCCCCACAGCGACCGGAGACCGCCUGCGCCACCUGCACGGCCAGGUCUCCUCCACAUCUGUGCUUUUUUCUCUUGGUCUCUUUUUUCCAGGAAAAAAAAGGGGGGGGGCGCUUCAGUAGGCUGACCCCAGCCUGCCUCUGGGUUCAGGUGGGGGUGUGGGGCCCUCUCCUGAGUAGGAAAGAGAGGGAGGGGGACAGACAGCCGCCAGCCUUCGUGUCCACGCACUGUGCCAUUUCCUCCUGCCCCACCCCCUUUUUGUUCUGAGCUUGGGGUAUUUAUAGACUAUUAAUUUUCUGAGCCAAUAGUGGUUGGGAGUCUCUUGAAAACUCGGGAGAGAAAUGGUUGGGGGGACAGGGGAAAUAACCCCCAGCCCUCCUUCCUGGCCCCACCGGAGGGAUCUGGGCCUGUGGGCUGUGUCUGGAGGCCCUCUGGCGGCCAGGAGGGGAGGGGGUGCUGAGCUGUGAAGCCCCCGGUAGGGGUGACGCUGUGUAGCAUUAACCCCCUUGGGGGGGGUUCGCUGCUGGUCUAAAUUGGACCCUCCCCACUAGUGCCCUUAUUCCCCAGAUUGCCCUGGGGCAGAGGGACAAGCCCUCUACUGGGGCCAUUUCAAUGGGGGUGGAGUUUUUUUCAUUCACUUAUUUUUUACUGAUAAUGGAGAUGAUCGGGCCCUGCCCCCUGCCCCCUGCCCCCCAGUCUUGUCCUUGCCCCACCUUUCUGUCCUCCAGACACCCCCACCCCUGCCUGUUCCUCCCUUCAUCCUGUCGUAGGUGAACACCGCCCCCCCUAUGUGUUUAAAGUUAAUGGUUUUCAGAUGUGAACAUCAUGUGUUAAUUGUAGCUCUGUAAACUUUUUUGUGGGGGGGUGGGUAGGGAGGGGUCAGAGGGUAGGGGUCAAGGAUUUGUUUUUUUGUUUUCAUUUUCCAAAAAAAAAAAAAAGAAAAAAGGAGUGGGUUUGUUUUUGAAGAACUGUCUUGGAUACCUAUUUAAAUGUGUUCUGUUUUGGUUUUUUUUUAAACGAUUUUUAAAUAACACCUGUGCCUCCGCGGGUCUGAGGGUGGAGGCCCCAGGCAGGAACCAGCCCGCCCCCCUCUGCCCUCACCAGGGCUCCCCCAAGAAAGCAUUACCCACCCUCAGGGUUCGGGCUGUGGGGUCCCAGCACCUUGCGUUGAGUUUCCUGUAUGAAAACAAAAUUGGGAAAGAUAAACCUAUACAAACACCGUGAUUUCAAGUAAUAAACAGAAAAUGAAACGAG